ACUUAACCCGGAAACAAAAGUAGAAUCCCAUCGGAAGGUGAGGGAGUCCGCACUGAUGUGUGUGUUUUUGCUUCCUCUAUACCUCUGUUUUCUCAAGCCGACGUUUCUGAGGCUGGGCUGUUGAGGUACCGGUGGAGACCGCGGCUGCCGGGAGUCUUGUCUGUAUCUAUAUCAAUAUCUGCAAAGGUAUUGAUAGAUCGGUUCUCGCUGCAUCAAUGGCAGCGGACAAAGGCGGAGAUCAGGGAACAGAGAAACAUGAAGGAGUAGGUACUUCUGGAAUUACAGAUCAAGAAAAGGAAUUAUCAAACAGUGCACUACAAGCCUUUUUGGCUGGAAACUAUGAUACUUGUCUACAAUACCUUAGCUGCUUGCAAGAAAUAAACAAAGAUGAUUACAAAAUAGUUUUGAACAUAGCAGUAGCAGAAUUCUGUAAAAGUAAUCAAACAACAACUGAUAAUUUGAAACAAACACUGAAUCAGCUGAAAAACCAGGUUCAUUCAACUGUUGAGGAGAUGGAUGGUUUAGAUGAUGUUGAAAACAGCAUGCUCUAUUAUAAUCAAGCUGUUGUUUUAUAUCAUCUGCGGCAAUACACUGAAGCAAUAAUAAUUGGGGAGAAACUUUAUCAAUUUAUUGAACCUUUUGAGGAAAAGUUUGCACAGGCAGUAUGUUUUCUACUAGUUGAUUUAUAUCUCCUGACUUGUCAAGCUGAGAAAGCCUUGCAUCUUCUUGCUGUGCUGGAAAAAAUGGUUUCACAAGGCAACAAUAACAAAAAUGGGAAAGCUGAGACAGGCAAUAAUGCUAGUAAGGAAGCCAACAACAAGACUGAAAGUGGGACUCUAACAGAAGCUGCAAAAUCAAAGAUACAUCAGUAUAAGGUUCGAGCUUAUAUUCAAAUGAAAUCUCUGAAAGCAUGCAAGAGGGAAAUCAAAUCAGUUAUGAAUACAGCUGGAAAUUCUGCACCUUCACUUUUUCUGAAAAGCAACUUUGAGUAUUUAAGGGGCAAUUAUCGGAAAGCUGUAAAGCUCCUGAACAGCUCAAAUAUUGCUGAACAUCCAGGAUUUAUGAAGACAGGAGAAUGUUUACGGUGCAUGUUCUGGAAUAAUCUUGGUUGCAUCCAUUUUGCUAUGGGGAAACACAACUUAGGGAUUUUCUAUUUUAAAAAGGCUUUGCAAGAAAAUGAUAAUGCCUGUGCACAACUUGGAACAGGUGGCACAGACCCAGGUAAAAAGUUCUCAGGACGACCAAUGUGCACGUUACUGACCAACAAGCGUUAUGAGUUGCUAUAUAACUGUGGCAUUCAGCUUUUACAUAUUGGGAGGCCACUAGCUGCUUUUGAGUGCCUGAUAGAAGCUGUCCAGGUUUAUCAUUCCAAUCCUCGCCUGUGGUUGAGAAUAGCUGAAUGUUGUAUUGCUGCUAAUAAAGGGAGUUUGGAACAAGAAACAAAGGGCCUUCCAAGCAAAAAGGGGAUUGUACAGUCCAUUGUAGGUCAGGGCUAUCAUCGUAAAAUCGUCUUAGCAUCACAGUCUGUGCAGAACAUUGUGUAUAAUGACGGUCAAUCUUCAGCUAUUCCUGUAGCCAGCAUGGAGUUUGCAGCAAUUUGUCUAAGAAAUGCUUUGCUGUUGCUUCCUGAAGAUCAGCAGGAGCCAAAGCAAGAAAAUGGAUCUAAAGUUGUUAAUCAGCUAAGUGGGAAUGACAGCAGUGAGAAUAAUGAAGCUUGCAGCAGUAAAAGUCAUGAAGGAGACAGAUUUAUUCCUGCUCCACCAUCUUCUCCGUUGAGAAAGCAGGAAUUAGAAAACCUACGAUGUUCCAUACUUGCCUGCAGUGCUUAUGUAGCUUUGGCACUGGGGGACAACCUUAUGGCUCUGAGUCAUUCAGAUAAACUUCUUCAGCAGCCCAAACUCUCAGGAUCACUUAAAUUCCUUGGCCAUUUGUAUGCUGCAGUGGCCCUUAUUUCUCUGGACAGAAUCUCUGAUGCUAUUACUCACUUGAACCCCGAGAAUGUCACUGAUGUGUCCCUGGGGAUUUCUUCAAAUGAGCAGGAUCAAGGGUCUGAUAAAGGAGAAAAUGAAGCCAUGGAAUCAUCUGGCAAGCAAGUGCCCCAAUGUUAUCCUAGUUCUGUUACAUCUGCACGAACCAUGAUGCUGUUCAAUCUUGGAAGUGCCUACUGCUUAAGAAGCGAAUAUGACAAAGCGCGGAAAUGUCUGCAUCAGGCUGCCUCACUCAUUCAUCCCAAAGAGAUUCCACCAGAAGCUAUCUUACUGGCUGUGUAUCUUGAGCUUCAGAAUGAUCAGAGAAAUGAAAGCUUCUUUCCAUAACAUAGGGAGUUCUUGACUUCAUUAAUUACCUAGGAUAGUGAUCUAAUCAACAUUUCUUGGAAACACUUGUAGUAUAUUGUGGAGAUGUCAUCAAAUCUGGGAGAUUUAUUUAAUUUGUUUUCUGAUUAGUAGUUUUGUUUGGUUACAUGUUAAGAAUUUCACUUCUGUUGAUCUAUAAACGUUAAUAUUAUAUUUCCUUAAUUUUUCUGGAUCAAAUCUGUUUACUAUAUAGACUUGAAUUAUAUUUAACAAAUUGCUCCAUCAUAUCCUUGUCUAGUUUGCAUUUCUAAUUCAGUACCAAAUAGAAGUAAUAAUUCUUUGGUUUUGUUCAUUUCACAGUUGGCAAAUCAACAUUUUGUUUGAUUAGGUGCCUUUUUCAAAAUAUUUAGGUUUGAUAAAAUUCAAGUAGGAUUCAUAUAUUAAGGUACUCAUUUCUUCCAUUAGAGCUAGUUAAUUAUGAAUUGUUUUAAUCUUUUAUACUAAAUUCAAAUUUGGGUUAUAGUUGUGAUUUAUUUGCUUUAAAUUCAUUUACCGUAACAAUAGAUGC